AUGGGUACCUUCGUAUGGGUGAUCGGAGCUGCGUUAUUAUUGAGCAUCGGUGUAACGGUCAAUGCAUGUCCGCCGUCGGAUAGGGCGGCGCUGCUGGCAUUCAAAACAGGCUUACACGAGCCUUACUUGGGUAUCUUUAAAUCAUGGACAGGUAACGAUUGUUGUAAUAAAUGGUAUGGUGUUACUUGCGACCCGACUACAAAACGGGUUGCCGACAUAAACCUCCGUGGAGAGUCCGAGGAUCUGCUUUUCCAGAAGGCUCACCGGACCGGCUACAUGACCGGAACUAUCUCUCCGGCUAUCUGCAAGCUUGAGAGGCUAUCCAGUGUAAUUAUAGCCGAUUGGAAGGGUAUUUCCGGUACUAUACCUCCCUGCAUCUCUUCUCUUUCCUUCCUUCGCAUCCUCGACCUCAUUGGCAACCAAAUCUCUGGCGAAAUUCCUUACGAUAUCGGCAAACUCCGCCGCCUUACGGUUCUCAACGUUGCAGAUAACAAACUUACAGGUAGAAUCCCGAGAUCUCUAGCAGAUCUGUCCUCUUUGAAGCAUUUGGAUCUAAGAAACAACUUGAUUUCGGGAACUAUUCCAAGAAACAUCGGAAAGCUUCGAAUGCUGAGUCGUGCUUUGUUGAGUGGAAACAGAAUUUAUGGGCCGAUACCUGAGACGAUUUCGUACAUUUACCGUCUAUCAGAUCUAGAUCUCUCAUUGAACCGUUUCUCAGGGCAGAUUCCGGAUUCUCUUGGAAAAAUGGCGGUGUUGGGGACAUUAAACCUCGACGGAAACAUGCUUUCCGGCAAGCUUCCGGCGACGUUAUUGAACUCCCGCAUUAGCAUCUUAAACCUCAGCAGAAACGCGAUUGAGGGAAGCAUACCAGACGUAUUUGGUCCAAGAUCUUACUUCAUGAUAAUGGAUUUAUCGUAUAAUAAGCUGAAAGGAUCGAUUCCUAAGUCGAUAUCUUCAGCGUCGUUUAUCGGCCAUCUUGAUGUCAGCCAUAACCAUCUAUGUGGUCAGAUCCCGGCGGCGACGUGGUUCGAGCACCUUGAAGCGUCGUCGUUUAGUUACAAUGACUGUUUAUGUGGGAAGCCUCUUAAAGCUUGUUUAUAA